CAACCACUUCUGCUGGCAUACUUCAAAUCUAAAAGGCUUGUCAGCAUGCUUCGUGAUCUCAAGAUUGAAACUUUUCUAUUCGGUGUGACUAGCGGUAUUGCACUUGCUGCCAUUGCCAACUAUCUGUUAUCUACAUACGCCCUGGUCAGAGGUCCAGUUACUCAUGACAAUCCAUCCAUCAGUCUAUCGUCUGCUGAAGACUCUACAGACGAUACUCCGAACUCUCAAGGCUCCAACGUGUCCAAGACUCUGGAACAGCUCGAGAGAUCUUUGGCUCUUCCCAAACAGAAGCUGCAUGAGAUUGUCAGGCAUUUUAUCAAGGAGAUGCAACGAGGACUUGCUAGUCCCGAUCAGACUCUCAAAAUGAUUCCUUCUUUUGUCGUUAGUCUACCCAAAGGCAACGAAACUGGUAUCUUUCUAGCCUUGGAUCUGGGCGGAAGCAACUUUCGAGUCUGUGAAGCUACUUUACAAGGUCCUGCUGUCAGCACACCUGUCUCUUCCAGUGGUGCUGUUCCCGCUCCCAGCCAGAUUCGUAUGCGCCAACGCAAAUAUGUUGUAUCCGAGGAACUCAAAACUGGUAUAGGAAGGCAUUUGUUUGAAUUCAUUGCCAACUGCAUUGCUGAAUUCUUGAUUGAAAUUGGUAUCGAUGCUAUCCAUCUUCCUGCUGGACAAGAGAUUCCGCUCGGAUUCACCUUUUCUUUUCCAUGCUAUCAGACCGCUAUAAACAGAGGCAGUCUCAUCUAUUGGACUAAAGGAUUUACUGCCACUGGCGUUGAAGGCAGAGAUCCUGUCCUUCUUCUUCAAGAUGCUCUCCUUCACAAAAAACUCAAGAUUCGUGUCGCUGCACUCGUAAACGACACUGUUGGCACUCUGGUGUCCCAUGCAUUCCAAGACCCAUCAACCUACAUUGGUGUCAUUCUCGGCACUGGUACCAAUGCUGCCUAUGUAGAAAAUAUCGACCAAAUUUUGAAAUGGACUGGAGAGCGACCAGCAUCUGGAAAAAUGGUGAUCAAUAUGGAGUGGGGUGCAUUUGAUCAAGAAGGUGUUGUACUACCUCGUACGGAAUACGAUAUGCUUCUCGAUCGUCACUCUUCGUAUCCCAAGGCUCAUCUGUUUGAAAAAAUGGUCUCGGGCAUGUAUCUUGGUGAGAUUAUGCGAUUGAUCUUGGUUGACCUUGUUUCAACUGGCGAACUGUUUUCUGGAGUCUCUUCUUCAAUUUUGGAAACUGCUUAUAGCUUUGACACUGCCAACAUGUCACGUAUUGAACGUGACCAUUCCAUGGGACUUUCUGAUACCAAGCUAGUGCUUGAAGACUUGGUUGGUAUUCCCAAAACAACUCCAAAUGAUCGUCGCAUUGUCAAACGCGUCGCUGAAUUAAUUGGCACUCGAUCUGCCAGAUUGGCUGCUGCUGGUAUUGCUGGUAUUGUGACCAAAAUCAACAAACUAGACGAUUGUACCGUUGCCAUUGAUGGUUCUUUAUUUUCACAGUAUCCCCACUAUGCCAAUCGCAUGCGUGAUGCUUUGCGUGAAAUUGUUGGUCUUGCUGCCGAAAACAUUGCAUUGGUUCAAACUCAGGAUGGAUCUGGACAAGGAGCUGCUUUAAUUGCUGCUCUUGCUGAUAUAUGAUGGUUUGCUGUCAAUUCUCUUUGUUUCUGACAAACUUAUGAUUUGAUAACAUUUUAAAUGAAUGCUUUGAAACC